CCUUCGAUCAGGAAGAGAGAGAGAGAGAGAGAGAGAGAGAGAGAGGAAGAAUGGAAAAUUCAGGGCAAUGGCUGGAGAAGGCGUUGAUAGAACUGUGCAAAGGAAUGGAAACGGGUCUAGAAUUAGACGAAGACAUCAUCUCAGGACUUGUCUCUUACUGCGAGCUCGCUCCUCCCCUUGACGCCCAAGAAUACCUCCAUAAUAUCAUUGGUCAGGAAGCUGGCCAAAGUGUAAUUGAGGAAUAUUUACGACGAAGAGGUCACAAGGAUUCCCAUAGCAGCACCCCAGAUGUUCCAACUUCCAAAUUACACGCCUAUGUUAAACCACCGUCGAAUGAAGGUUCCUUUGGAGGAGCCAAGAAACCAUUGAGAACACAGAAACAGGUUAUGGUCCCUGUUAAUCAGGAAAAACAGGCUCCAACCAAUACCAGCAAUUCAAGAAACACACACGUAGCAAACCAAGGUGGCUCUAGAAAGAAAAAAGCUGGCAAAGUUGUUUCACUUGCAGAGGCUGCAAAAGGGUCUAUUGUAUUCAAGCAAGGAAAACCAUGUACAUGCCAAGCCCGUCAGCACACACUGGUGAGCAAUUGUUUAUCUUGUGGCAAGAUAGUUUGCGAACAAGAGGGAGAGGGGCCAUGCAGUUUUUGUGGUGCCCUUGUGCUAAGAGAAGGAAGCACAUAUGCCGGUCUGGAUGAAAGCAUUGUUCCCCUAACAGAUGCUGAAGCAGCAGCUGAAGCUUACGCAAAGAGACUUGUUGAGUAUGACCGGGAUUCUGCAGCACGUACAACAGUUAUAGAUGACCAAAGUGACUACUACGAAAUUGAGGGGAACAGUUGGCUGUCAGUGGAGGAGAAGGAACUAUUAAGGAAGAAAAAGCAGGAGAUUGAAGCAGCUGAGCAAGCCAAACGGAAUAAAGUGAUUGUGACUUUUGACUUGGUUGGCCGCAAGGUGAUGGUGAAUGAAGAUGAAGUUUCAGAAUUAGAAUCAGAGAACAGAAUACUAAGGCCACCAGAUGAAAGAGAAAUAAACCGGAUUAAACCAAACCCAACUCUCAAGGUACAACCAAUCUUUAUGGACCCAGGACCAAAUAGGAAGCCUGCUAAAGGGAAACAACUAAACAAGAGCCUAGGGAAUGGUAUGCGCUUGGAGAUAACUGGAAGGGUGCAACAUGACAGCAAUGAAUUAAAACAAUUUAUGCCAGAUAAUCAGCUGGAAACAUCUUCAAAUGGCAAGCUUUGGCAGAGGCCUUCAGUAAAUGGAGGUUUGCGUGUGGAAGAUGAUGAUGCAUGUUCCCUGGAUUACCGUUAAGAAGCACAAGUUCUGUAAAGGAAAAAGUUGGAAAUAUAGUCUUGUUUUUGUUUCUGUUAUAGGGAAAGGAAUCCAAGCACUGCUUUUCAAUGUUUCCAAAUGCCAUCUUAGAUUUUGUAAUUUCCAUCUCGGCGGUCUGCUGCUUUAACCUACUGCUGAAUAUGAAUAUUUUGAAAUCUAUCAUACAUGGGGCCCAGUUUAGAA